AUGAGCUUUUCAACCUCCUGCUUCUACUUAUCUAGGCGCGUGCAACUGCACGGAUGCUUUAGGGGGGGAGCAGCUGCUCUGCACAAAUCACUUUCUCCAAUAUCACUACAUCAUGUCUUUCCGUCUUCUUGCGUGUCGCAUGGUCGUCAAGGAUACAAGUCUUCCAGUGUUCUGAAGCCUCGGUCAGCCAAUGAAACAACAUUCGUCCGACGCAGCUCAGACUUGUCAUCUUCAUCGCCUCUGGUAGCCGAGCCAGGCCACACAACGGAAAAAAACCCAGCAACCUAUUACACUCCUCCUAAGACUGGUCUGAUUGCAUCUCUUCCUCAAUCAUGGAUACCGUAUGCCGAGCUAUUACGCCUCGAUAAGCCCACGGGUACAUACUAUCUUUUUUUCCCGUGCUUAUUCUCAACCCUUCUCGCUGCACCUAUGGAAUCUCACGUUACACCUGUACAAGUCCUUGGGACGGCGGGGCUCUUCUUCGCCGGUGCGUUGAUUAUGCGAGGGGCUGGGUGUGCGAUCAAUGAUCUAUGGGACAGGAAUUUGGACCCUCAUGUCGAACGUACAAUGUUUCGACCUAUUGCCAGAGGCGCAAUAUCUGCUGAAAAAGCUCUGUGUUUCACUAGUGUCCAGCUGCUAGCCGGUCUCGGUGUCCUCAUUCAAUUUCCCACCCAGUGCUUGUGGUAUGGAAUUCCUAGUCUAAUUUUAGUGGCAACAUACCCCCUUGCCAAGCGUGUCACCUACUACCCCCAAGCUGUUUUAGGGCUUACAUUUUCAUGGGGUGCAAUAAUGGGAUUUCCAGCAUUGGACUUGGAUCUGCUCACCAAUUCCGCGGCUUUGAGUACUGCUGUGGCGCUUUAUUCAAGCUGUGUUGCAUGGACAGUAUUGUACGAUAUGAUAUACGCACACAUGGACAUAAAAGAUGAUAUAGCUGCAGGAAUCAAGUCAAUUGCUCUACGUCAUGAACACAACACCAAGGCGGUUCUUUCUGGUCUGGCAGCGGCCCAAGUGACACUGCUCGCUGGAGCGGGUGUAGCGGCAGGUGCCGGUCCCAUUUUUUUCAUCGGCAGCUGCGGAAGUGCAAUUGUGACUCUUGGGACCAUGAUUUGGAAGGUUCAGCUCAAAAAUGUCCAGAACUGCUGGUGGUGGUUCAAGAACGGGUCGAGAUUUUUAUUAUUGUUUUUAGAGGCAUUCCGACCACUCUCAAGGUCAAAUUACGCUCUGCAGCCACGAUCAUCAGCUUUUCGAGUGCCAUCCAUCCUUCAUGCCCGACUACUGUCUUCCGAUACAAAGGCGGCAAUCGACAAAGCGGUCGGAUCUGCUCCCGUUGUCCUGUUCAUGAAGGGCACACCCGAAACACCGCAGUGCGGCUUCUCCCGAGCCAGUAUCCAAAUUCUGGGCUUGCAAGGAGUAGAUCCUAAGAAGUUUGUUGCAUUCAACGUGCUUGAGGACCUGGAAUUGCGCCAAGGUAUUUCAGAGUAUUCGGACUGGCCGACGAUCCCUCAGCUGUACCUGGAAAACGAAUUUGUUGGUGGGUGUGAUAUCUUAAUGUCUAUGCAUCAAAAUGGAGAGCUCGCGAAAAUGCUUGAGGAGAAGGGAGUCUUGGUGGCAGCCGACUAA